CUCGGCCCAGUAUGGCUUGUUAUCCGUUCCCACGAGCCACAGCGUGGGAAAUAGAUCCUGGUGCUCAGACCCAAAGUGUAAUGCUUCCAUCUCUUGUCCAUAUUGCAGUCGAGGGAUGGUGUUGUGGUUCAAUGGCCCCCAUUCUGUGCGAAAAUAGUACCGGUUGUCGUCACGGCAUCGACCAAGGUCACGGCGCUGUGGCGCGAGAAUGCAGACUUUCCGUUUGACGGCAUCCAUCUCGACAUGUUCCUUGUUGAUCCCUCGGCUGUGUCAAGUCGGCCUGAUGGGAGCCCGCGACGGAAUGGAGCCGCUGGUUCCAGAUUGGCGAUGUGAGCAUGAUGCCCGGCGCCGAGGUCACUGCGCUCUGGCGCGGCGGUGGCGACAACAUGCACCUUGAUCUCUUUGUGACGGACCGCGGCGGUAGUGUAUGGACUACGUACUGGGAGCCCAAGACGGGAUGGGCCGCCUGGUUUGUGGCUGCCCAGGACAAGGCCGGCAAGGCACAUCUCAUGGCUCCCGCGGCGCCCGUCACAGGAGCCUGGCGCAGGGACCAUCUCGACAUCUUUGCUGUCGAUCGCGACGGGCUUACGUACCACGCAUACUGGGAGCCGCGGAUAGGCUGGUCGCAGUGGAAUCUCUUCUUCAAGCACAUCACCGGCGCGCGCUGGGUUGCGGCGUAUGGCCACUGGGACGCAGAUUCAAGCUUUCUCUUGAUACCAGGCGCCAAUAGGUACACUUCUGAAGAAAUGUAUUACACGUGGGCCACAGGCACUGGCACCUAUGGGCCAUGGCAGCUGAUUGCAGAACCAGACGACAAGCAUACGCGGUGGUAUCCCGACACGCGGAUUGAGUUUUGCAACUCCAAGAAUAUCGCCCGCUCCGUGGCUACCUCCCGCUAUGGUGUCCCGUGGAAACUGUCGGUCGAUAGCUCGCCCAGUGAACCCAAAAGCCCAUGGGACGGUGGAUAGAUCAACGAAUAAUCGGUUCGUGAAGACGCAAUACCAAUCUUGCGCGGCGCCGUCAUCUCCUGCGCCAUGCCCCGGUAUACGACUGAUCUCUCAAUGCAUCCAGACAACUGGGCUAUCGCCAGGGUGAAUCGGACAAGUACAGGCAAACAUAUACUUUUAUCCGCCUUAGAUACCAUAACACUGCUCUAGCGUGUGGGCACGGAACAUAUAAAUAUAGACAAUCUGAC